AUGUCCACUACAGACGGUCUCCCUCUUCUGGACCUGACUGGAAAUCAAGACCCGUCUACGAUUUCUACUCUUCAAAAAGCGCUUCUCCGCUACGGUGCCUUUCGUCUCUGGGCCCCCGAGCUCAAGAGAGCCUACUCCCCCGAUCUGCUGCAAAAUGCCCGUGCAUUUUUUCAACUCCCACUUUAUGUCAAAGGCGAAACACGAGGAUACUCCCCUCUGGACAGUGAGCUUAUUCGUGGAGACACUCCUAUACCAAAAGAGUCCAUCUAUUUCUUGCGAAAGAGUGAUCCGCAGGACAAUAGUCCUCCCUCAGGCCUUCACGAUUCCGUCAUGGCCUUGCAUGAUAAAUGGAAACCGUUGAAAGAUGACCUGUUCUCCAUGAUAUCCAAUGAUGUUCUUGAUCCUAGCGUGCCUUUGACGGGAACAUCCUCUCUAGACUACGAAUCUCUGGGAAUCCACUACUAUGACCCACAUACGCUCGGAAACGAGAGAGUCUAUUCUAACCCUGCGCAUAUGGAUGGCGGUACAUUGACUCUACUGAUCCGAGGUAGUGAUGCCCAUGAUGGCUUGGAGUUUGCCGACCUUCAAUCCACAGACAAACUUGACAGCAACGGUAUAGGACAGGAAGCGUCCUUCCUACGGAUUCCUGCACAUCCCGAUGAAGUUGUUGUACUAGCAGGUACCCGAUUACAGCGCCUUUUCGGCAAGGAUAAAGUCCGAGCAUGCGUGCACCGCGUUCGUGGCCCUGUAUCAGACAAGAGAGACGAGCAAGAAGCGAGACUGAGCAUCACCAUUGCCUGUGCUCUGCGUGUCUCUCCUACACCAUAG